AUGCCCGAAUCCAGCAGAUGGGAUGGAAGAAGUGGGUCGCAGAUCGCCAGAACUUUCCCUUUAAGGUUAACAGCAGGCAGGACGUCACUGAAGGGCUCCGCGGGGUCCGCGAUCAAAGUCUGGGGAGGAGCUUUUAAGAAUGCGCCAAUUGAGAUUGGAUCUUGUGGAAAGGCCUAUGUUUCUGUCCCUCCAACUCAAUUCAACAAGCUUCGAUACCCAAUUGACGUGACUUUCAAGAUCAAGAGUAAUAUCGACCACACUGCUCAACUCCACACAUUACCCCAACUUGAACCUCAUCUACGACACACAAUCACUCCCAACAACCUCUAA